AUGGAAUUUGUCCCAGAAGAUGGAGACAUAACAAUACAUUAUUACUGGCCUUCAGGAUCUAAGCUAGAGCUACAGAUUUAUUUUAAAAAAGGGGAACAUAUAAAAUCAGCUUUAGACAGACUUUUUGAAUCAGAAGGAAUCACAUAUGCAAUAUUUCCAGACAUCAUGAGAAUAGUUAGUGAUAUAUUCUUAUAUGAGAGGAGAAAUCCUCUAGCAAGCUUAUCAUCCCCAGGAGUUUUUCCUAAGAGUGGAAAUGAUCAAGAAAAUCACCAUUGGAAAUCAUAUUCACAAUUGUUCGAAAGUGCUUCAUCAUUAUCAAGUUUAUUGCUCAGAGAGAAAGAGCUGGCUAAAUGCUUAAAAGACAGUUCAGAUAAAAGAACAAAAUUGCUUAUACACGAAGAAAAUAGAUAUGCACACGAACUAGCAGGAAUUGGACAAGAUGAGCAUAAAGAGAUUGAUUCAGUGCAUAAAGAAGCAGUUGAUGCUAUUGAAAAUGAGUUUUUGAGAACUCAAGCAAGCUUGAAAGAAGAAUUUUGGAAGUAUGUUGAAAUUGCUGAGCUAACUCCCCCCCCCCUCCAUGAGUGAACAAAACCAUAGAAAAAUCCCUAUUUUUGCCCAAAAACCCACCCUCCAUGAGUGAACAAAAAUUUUUUUAAUAGAAAAGGUUUUUAUGGAAAAAAAUUUUGAUAUAUAAGUGAUAAUUAUUAUAAUAAAAUAUCAAGCUAAUUCUUUUAAUUUUAAACAAAUUGCGUUUUAAAACAUAAAUUUUUUAAAUUAAAUUAAUUUUUGCUUUCCAAUUUUUAUAGAAGUGAGAUUUUUUUUAAAUUUCGAAAAACAAAUUUAUAUAUAAUUUUGUUUAAAAAAACAAUUAACCCCCCUCCGUGAGUGAACAAAAUUUUUUUGUUCACUCACGGAGGAGGGGGGAGUAAGCAAAAAUACUCCGAGCGAUCCAAUACUUCAGCUGGAAAUUCCCAAUUCCAAGCCUUUUUCCCAUGAAAUUACCGUAAGUAUAGGCGCUCAAGCCAAAAGAAAAUUUAUUUUAGGUGUUGCUGAGUCUGACGACAUCUGUGACAUCCCUAUAAUCCCAAUAAAAAAUAAUUCUUAUUUUGAAAAUCCUCUAUCACAAGAAUCAGAAAGUGCCUCAGAUAUAGAAGAAUCAUCGACCCAUAUAUCUCACCCAGGAAAUGUCUAUAAAAGAUACAUUUCUGCAUUAGUCCUUCCUUACUCUUAUCAAGAUUCACUUAUACACAUUGUCCCUGAGCUUAUACGCUGUAGUGAAGAAAAGCCUGAGCUUCAUUUCGCCCCAAUUCGCUAUCAAAUAAAUAACGCUGAAUCUUCUUCUAAUGGAGAACAAAUUAUUUUCACUAAGCAUUCUAAUAUAAAAGGCAUUGAAGGAGCAUUCCAUAUCCCAGAAAACAGAAUAACAAUGGUUAAAGAUGUCAUUAUUUAUGCAAAUUUGCAAGGUGCUAAGCAUCUAAUUAUCCCAAUUCCCGAAUGGACGGAAACUGAAGCUAAUAAAAAUCCAGUGGAAUUAGUCAAAAUUAUUAAAACUGGGAUGAUUGAGAGUGGAGGAGGAGACUUAGAAAUUGUGAGCUUUACAAUAGAAAGUGAUGAUGAUGCUAUGAGAAAUGUGCUUUUGAAAAAUAUACAGGAAGUGUUUGCUGAGUCUAUUAUCAGAGUGGAUUAG